UUGGGUCGAUCUCAUGUCCUGCUACUCUUCUCCAUCCAUUCAUGACAGUCGAUAUGUCCCAACCGAACUUCCCUGUGGGCAGGAUGAGGCGGGAUGAGGAGGGGGGCCAGAGAGAGAAACUGGUCCAGCGUGAUGGAAACAGUUUGAGGGAGGAGCAGAACGAGUCUAUGAAAAGAGGAGGAGGGAGGGGAAAACUCAGCUGCGUCCAUCACUGCAUCCCUCCACACAGGCUGGCAUCUUCCCUCUCCUGAACCUGGGAAUACGAUCGAAGGCGGACAUGGACGCGGAUAAAUCUUCCUCUGAGAAGUUGGUGCUUGAGUUUAAGGAAGACACCGAUCUGACGGAGAUGAUGCGUCGUCGCGUCUCAUCUCUGCAGAAAACCGGGCAGAAGCGUCAGGACGGCGAGCGGCUGCUGCUCCCCCACGAGGCCGUGCAUCGCCUCGACUUCCCCGUCCAGGAGCUCAACUUCUCCCGCUGGUACUUCUCCCUCUCGGGCCACGGCCGAGUCACCAUCACCGGCAUCUCCCAGCACUGGACCCCGGACCUCACCAACCUGAUGACCCGUCAGCUCCUGGAACCGAUCGGGACGUUCUGGAGAAACGCCGAGGACCCGGAGGACUCGCCGCUGAAGUGUCUGGAGGCCGACAUGCAGGAGUUCGGGGAAAGGAUCGCGGAGCUGGCGAAAGUGAGGAAGGUCAUGUAUUUCCUGUUCGCGUACAAGGACGGGUCCACAGCAGGAAACCUCGACUGCACCAUUGAGUUUAUAACCGAGAAGUAACCCUCCUGGUAGAGAAUGCGUUUAGAUUGCAGCAUAAAUUUUCCCCCUCAAACCCACUAAACGUUUUUAAAUCUUUGUCUGCAUGUCUUUAACUACCGCUACCGAUUUAUUUUAGUCAUUUCCACACUUAAAGUAUUUUGCAUGAAUCAAUUUGAUAUAAAACUUCGCUCACGACAAACUCUACCUUUCUAAUUGCCGCCAUGGUUUUUUUUUUUAUCACGUUACAAUGCUCGUCUGAAUGAGCGCUAUUAAGGCAAUACGUUACGGAGUUUGUUGAGUGUUUAUAUUUUUAAACAGAACCUUUUAAAAGUGCAUCUUCCAUCCCACAUUGGAUUCUGUUUGGACCGUCUGUCAUCACCGUUUUGAGAUGUCGCCACCGCCAUCUUUUAUUCUGUCUCAACGGCUCCACUUAUGAAUGACCAGCGGCGCCCUCUGCUGGAUGGCGGUCGAACUACAACACUAAAAGAAGGCCUAAGUGGACGAAGUUAAAAACGAACAAAAACAUUUUUUUCUAAGAAACUGGUCCUGUUGCAUGCUUUUACACCCCCUCCACUUACAACUGACAAUAAAAUAAACAACGAGCUUAAAA